UCGGAGACAAGAGUUUGUUUCCUCAGUACAAUGGCAAAAACCAAUUGCCAUAUGUCCAUGUAAUUCGCAGUUGUUUGAUCGCGUUUCUUUAGCAUACUUCAACGUUUCUCGGGUUUCGGACACUUUUACAAUACGGAUUUCCGCACCGGCCACCUGAGGCAGGGUGUUUUCUGCGUUGUUCCCCAUUAGAAAAACUUGAUAAUUUUUUAUUAAUCUCGUUCACAAGCUUGCAUACAACAGCUGUCACAUAGUUAUUUUCUGACAAGUUUUUUCCAUGUGCGGAUAAUACCGUGUCCCUGUUGGCCGGUACGCGAAUCCAUAUAAUUAUUACUAUCGCAACGGACUUUUUCAUACUUUCUCGCCACCCGCAACGGAGAUGGCCCCUCCCGGUGGGAAGCACAUCCUGGUGGUUAACGGCCCCGCCUACGGCCACCUGAUGCCCCUCCUCCUCUUAUCCCGCAAACUCGCCGCCCACCACCACCACUCCAUCACCUUCGCCGUGUCCCGCCACAAAGCCGACCAACUGGCGCAGGCCGAAUUCCGCGCCGUCACCCCCGACGAGGGCGUCCGCCUCCUGCCCAUCGAGGACCGUCUCCACGAGGACCUCGGGCACGACGACCUGGUCGGCGCCUUCCACACCAUGAACCACGUCAUCACCCCGGCCGUCGAGGACUUCAUGAAGGAAGUCUCCGCCGGCGCCGCUUCCGGAGACUCCUUGAUCAAAUUAUCCAACGGGGAGACCCUCCGGCGUCCGGAGGUCAUCAUCUUCGACAUGUUCCUCACUGGUCCGGUGAUGCGGCACCGCCUCCCGGGCGUCCGCUACUACUUCUUCCAGUCGUCGCCCAUCAGUCUGGUGCGCUGGUUCCUCCUGUUCACCCCGGACACCCGGGUGGUCAGUCCGGAAGAGCACCAGCAUUUCCACGAGUUUCCGCCGGCGCCGGGGCAGCCGUUGGCCGGGCAGAUGGCCGGCGCCAAGGAGAUGUUCCUGCAGAUUUCCCGGCAUCUCCCGGAAGUCGACGGGAUCAUCUGCAACUCCUUCCGAGCGAUGGAACGGGAGGAGGUGGGGAAGAUGAACCGGGAGCGACCGGAUAUGGCGCGGGUGCCGGUGUACUGUCUGGGGCCGUUCAUCCCCGAGGACACGUCGGAGGCGGACUCCAAGGCGGAGCAGUGGCUGGCGACGAAGGAGGCGCGGUCGGUGGUUUAUGUGUCGUUCGGGUCCAUCGAUUUCAUGGUGCCGGCUGCCGAGCAGUUAUCGGAGAUCGGAAAAGCGCUGGUGUCCCUGAAAAAGCCGGUUCUGUGGUCGCUGCGCGCCGGCAACGAAGCGCACCUACCCCCGGAAGUAGUUAAGCACCCGGACAUGUUGAUCCUGCCGUGGGUGCCACAGAAGCGCGUGCUGGCCGCCCCGGCGAUGGCGGUCAUCCUCAGCCAUUCCGGCUGGAACGGGACGCUGGAGGCCCUCAGCCACGGCGUCCCCAUCGUCUCCUUCCCCAUGCUGGCCGACCAGCUGCUCAUUGGGACGGCCAUCGAGGAAGCCGGCGUCGGCGUCCGCCUCCGAGGCACCGGCUACAAACCGCAACGCCUACUUCCGGCCGACGAGAUCGCCGGCGCGCUGCGGGAGGUCGGGGAGUUCGAGGAGAAAGGGGCGGGGAAGUUCCAUCAACGGGCACAGGAAGUCCGGGAGCAGAUUAAGGAGGCCAUGACGGAGAGCGGGACGUCCAGUGUGGAAUUGGCCGAGCUUGUCAAAUCGUUUGAUAAAUGACCGUUUUGAUGUUACUAAAUUACUUUUAAUUUCCUUUGAGCUUAUCUUUGAAUUUUCAUUUAUAUAUUCACCAUCCGUUUUAUAUUUUUUUAUUAUCAUUUUCUUCUAAAAUAUUUUCUUAAUGCUAUUUAACGCUUAAGGCGUUAAAUACCGUUAACGCCGGGCGAGUUUGUUUGUCCCUGGCAACAUAGUCACGUCAUCCAGUAAUGACGUGAACAAAUUAUUAGAAGGAACUCAGUUGUGUUCGAUCCAGUUUUAACUAUUAGUUUCCCAAUUUUCGCUAAAAAAUGGCUCCGAAACCUCGGUCGGACGCGCCCGUUGCACACAGAAAACGCAGACGGGGGGAUUGCUAAGAAGUCAGAGCAACAAUCAACAGAUUCCAUCGAUUUAGUUGCCCUUCAGCAUACAGUUUCUCAACUGCAAACGCAACUGGCUGCUUUAGCAGUCCAGCAACCCCAACCGCCCGCCCCCACUGGUUCUCCACCUUCACUUACCACUCCACCGCUGAUUGACCUUUCCGUUUCGGAGCCUAGUAUGUCACUUAAACCACCGUCUAACUUGUGUUUACCCACACUUGAUAAUCCUACAUUAAAGUUACUGUCCGAUCGGCAUGGCUUCGUCAAUUUGCAUAAACUUCUACCGAUUAACAGAGGAGUCGAAUCAGUUUCCGAUCAGCCCUCGUAUGUGCCUGAUAACGACGGCAAAUUAAUUCCCACUGCUGCUGUGUCUAACCGCCGGAAGAUCGACUCCUUUAACUCAUGGCUGGAUGCCUUUUUACUUUUUGCUCGUUACCGCGUUUAUUUUCAUCCCGGUCUGGCUCUGGCGCUGUUUGCAUACAUCGACAUUAUCCGUGGUUUAUCACUAUCUCGUCCUCUGUUAAUCUGGCUGGAAUAUGAUCGAAGGUUUCGUGAUAAGAUGAGUAACCGUGACAUUUCUGACAACGCGUGGUUCAUCGAAGAUUCUUCUGUUAUUGCCGAGGUCAUGCGCACUAUCCCAUUGAACUCCACGGGUCCUCCUUUACAAAAAGAUAUCCGAUCGC